CACCUGUACGAUAUUCACUGCCGCAUUCGUCAGCUGGUUGCCAUUCGCCCGAAACACAGGAACAUAUACGUGGCUGUCGGAUCUGUGAAUGCCAACUCGAAAAAUCCUACCAAAAGCAGCGAAAAGAAGCAAAACUUAAUUAAAUUGGGAAUUACUAUGCGAUAGCUUUCCGAAUCAACUCUGUAAAUAUGGGUCUGUGCAAGUGUCCCAAGCGACUGGUGACCAACCAAUUUUGUUUUGAGCAUCGUGUUAAUGUGUGUGAACAUUGCAUGGUGCAGUCACACCCGAAGUGCAUUGUGCAGUCGUAUUUGCAGUGGCUGCGGGACAGCGACUACAUCUCCAACUGCACCCUGUGCGGCACCACACUGGAGCAGGGCGAUUGUGUGCGCCUCGUCUGCUACCAUGUUUUUCACUGGGAUUGCCUGAACGCCCGCCAAGCCGCCUUGCCUGCCAACACAGCGCCGCGGGGUCACCAGUGCCCUGCCUGCAACGUGGAGAUCUUCCCCAACUCCAACUUGGUCUCCCCGGUGGCUGAUGCCCUGAAGAAUUUCCUGGCGCAGGUCAACUGGGGCCGAAAUGGCCUGGGUCUGGCCCUGCUUUCCGAGGAUCAGAGCAGCAGCCUCAAGGUCAUCAAGCCAGCCAAGGUGUCCAGCCAAGCGGCCGUCAGCAACAUGACCAAAGUGCACCACAUCCAUUCCGGGGGCGAGCGGGAGCGAACGAAGCCCAAUGGCCACGACGCCGUCAGUCCACAUUCCGUGCUCCUUAUGGAUGCAUUUAAUCCUCCCAGCACGGGCGACUAUGCAAGCAGCCGAAGACCGUUGCUGCCACGUCAGUCGCCCAUUGGAGGAACGGAUCGCGACGACAACAAGUACCAGCGCCGCACUCCUGCGGAACUUUUCUCUCGCUGGACACGCCGUUUCUAUGCGCCCUCCUCCCGGCCGCCGUGGCGUCGCACCUGGUUCCUGGUGACCGCCGGCAUCUUUGCCUUUGUCUUGUUCGUCUACCUGAUGGCCUGGCUGGGACGUGGUCGAUCCGACGUCGAGGACGAGGGCUGGAACAACCCCAAUCCACAGCCGAACCACUACGAAUAGGCUUUGCUGGGGCUCAUAAUCGAAACAAGCAUACGUAGCAUAUAAUCGAUAUCCAAAUCCCUGAUCCCGAAAGAAUAAAACUUUUACAGCUAUUUAUAUAACCUAA